AUUCGUUUACACCGGUAACCGACUACCGACUACCGACUACCGACGACCGACACGGAGACUUCUACAUGCUAAGAAGCCCUUCCGUCUCUUUAAGGCUGGAAACAAUCGCAAUUUUAUCCGAUCAAACGCACAGCAACAAUGGAUCUAAGAGAAAGCAUCCGCAACCAGAACGACGUAGCUUUGGGACUGACCAAGAAGCUACUUCAGACUGAGGGCAAGGAAUCGAACCUGGUCUACUCGCCGCUGUCCAUCCACGUGGUGCUUAGCCUGAUCGCGGCCGGGUCGAAGGGCCCCACCCAGGACCAGCUCCUCUCCUUCCUCAAGUUCAAGUCCGCCGAUCACCUCAACACCUUCGCCGCCGAGCUCGUCUCCGUCAUCUUCUCCGACGGGUCCCCCAGCGGUGGGCCCCGCUUGUCAUUUGCGAAUGGCAUUUGGGUCGACGGGUCUCUCCCUCUCAAGCCUUCUUUCAAGCAGGUGGUGGACACUGCUUACAAGGCAGCUCUCUCCCAAGUCGAUUUUCAGACCAAUGCUGCUGAAGUGGCCUCUGGAGUGAAUUCAUGGGCUGAAAAGGAGACUAAUGGCCUUAUCAAGGAGAUACUUCCUCCCGGGUCAGUUGACAGCUCAACCAGGCUCAUCUUUGCAAAUGCAUUAUACUUCAAAGGAGCUUGGAACGAGAAGUUUGAUGCAUCAACAACAAAAGAGCAUGACUUUCACCUUCUCGACGGGAGCACAGUUAAGGCACCCUUCAUGACCAGCAAGAAGAAGCAGUUUGUAAGUUCCUACGAUGGUUUCACAGUCUUAGGACUUCCCUACAAACAAGGUGAAGACAAGCGGCGUUUCUCCAUGCACGUCUUUCUUCCAGAGGCAAAAGAUGGGCUGCCAUCUUUGGUUGAGAAACUCGGUUCUGAGUCCGGGUUUUUGGAUCGCCAUCUUCCCAAGCAACAAGUUGAAGUGGGUGACUUCAAACUCCCAAAGUUUAAGAUCUCUUUCGGGUUUGAAGCUUCCAAUGUUCUGAAGGGUCUAGGAGUGGUGUUGCCUUUCAGUGGUGGAGGUUUGACAGAGAUGGUGGACUCUCCUGUGGGUCAGAACCUAUAUGUUUCCAGCAUAUUCCACAAGUCCUUCAUUGAAGUGAAUGAGGAAGGAACGGAAGCUGCAGCUGCUUCUGCUGGUGUCAUAAAAUUGAGAGGUCUGCCCAUAACCACCGACUUUGUGGCCGAUCAUCCAUUCCUCUUCCUGAUCCGAGAAGAAUUGACUGGAACGGUCAUGUUCAUCGGUCAUGUUCUAAAUCCCCUUGCAGACUGAUUGUUAUUAUAACAUCUCCUGUACUAAGAGGAAAUGUGUAGGUACAUCAACACCAGACUUUAGUAUUAAAAAAAUGUAUGUUCAUGUGCUGUAUUUCGUUAUUACCUAAUUACCCGUUCUCUCAGUAGUAGCCUUGUUUCCCAUGUGGCUGGCGAUUGUUGUUGGUUCUGCUGCCAUGGCUUCAAUCUGUUGUAGAAUCUUGAUUCCAAAUACUUAUUUUAUGAUGUACUCUGUUUGACAAGAAGCUUUAGCUGAAA